UCAUGGAGAUAACCUCGUUCUUCGAAGUCCGACAUACAAACAAGUCUCUGGAUGUUUACAAUUGUUCUGCGAAGAUUUCGGAGCAAAUGGAAGACCUACAAACACAGGUUUGUGCCUUGGAUGGUGUUCAACCUGUCUAAAAAUGAGAAAACACUGCGGAAGGUGGAGGAGCGCUCCAAAGACAAGCUGGUCCCCGAUGAGGAGGUUUCACGGAGCCUGCUGACGCUCUUCAGAGCCCUGCUCAGGAGCCACAGGGGUCCUCACGGACACUUCCAGAAACACCUACCGCAGCUAAAAAGUGAAGAAGAGCAGUUUGGAAGAGAUCCGAUGUGCGGACAGGACGCCAUGUUACAGUCACUGGGAUUCUGCAUUGAGCGGAAGCCUAGCACCUUACCCUUCGCAGGAACUGGAGUGUUAGUCACCAGGGGAUUUGUACCUAAAGGAGCAACAGUUGCAAUGUAUCCUGGCACUGUUUACCAGCCCUAUGAGCCCAUUCUCCUUCAGUCCAUCAGAAACCCCUUUGUGUUCAGAUGCAUUGAUGGGGUCCUGGUUGAUGGAAAGGACAAAGGCAUCUCCAGAAUGGUGUUCAGGUCAUGCAGUGGAAGGGACAGAAUUGGUCCUUUCUUAACCAGUGACACAAGCUGGCUGACGGACACUCCACAUAACCCCCUGGCCGUGGGUCAGUAUGUGAACAACUGCUCCAAUGAGAGGCCCGCCAACGUGUGCUACCAAGAGUACGACCUGCCAGACAAGUUUCCCAUGGAGCUCCGCCGGUAUCUCCCUAACGUCAACUACAGCCAGGACACACCGAGGCGUCUGCGGUGUGUUGUCCUAGUGUCACUCAGGGACAUUACAGCAGGAGAGGAACUCUUCUCUAACUACUACACCAUUGUGCAUUAAUUUUAUAUUUCAAGCAAAAAGCCUACAUUGUUGAAUUUCAAACAGUAUUGUCACUGUAUUUAAUAGAAAGGAAAAACCAAACAGCUCUCUUUGUACACUGGAAUAAAGGCAAAGCAUUUUUAAUAUGGU